AUGAGCCACCUACACGCGUUCCAAAGUUCUACCGCAUAUUUUCAUGUUGAUCCGCGUUGGCAAUCCGCCCCGCCACCGACCCAAGAGCGCUUUGAAUUCGCGUAUCCUGCCCCAGCAGCCUCAUAUGGCCAGCUAUAUCCUCAAUACGACCAAUAUGCACAGUAUGCGCCCGGUCCAAGCUAUCCACCACCAUCGACAGGUCAACCUCGUGGUGUUGGUCCUCCUCGAAAGCGCCAGAGGACUGAAGAUGAGGUGCCUCAGUCCGCUGGAUACUCGGAGCCGGAGGGAGACGAGGGAUUGAGACCACAAGCAGGUGGCGCGAAACUCCCCGGCGCAUGUGGCCACUGUCGCAAGCUGAAGAUGAAGUGCGAGUUCGCGACCGAUGCAGACGGAGAAACGGAAGACACUUGUCGCCGUUGCCAGGCUACAGGCCAUGUCUGUAUGGUAGAGAGACGGAACCAACGGAGCGCACCAAACAAGACCAAGUAUCUUAUGGCGCAAAUUCGACACAAAGACGAGAUUAUUGAGUCGUUGCUGAAGCAGAUUCACAAUCCAUACACCGCAACUCCAAUGUCCAUCGCCUCGUUCCGCAUGGCCAGCUCUCCUUCCGACGCCAACGAUGUCGAUGUCGUUACUUGGCUUUCCCAAAUGAAAGCCAGUAUCCCGCCAGAUGCCCCUUCAUCAACUGUCUUGCCGCAAGACGACGCCACGUUAGAAGGCGAAGAGACAGGGGGAAACGAGCAAACCUCAAUUUCCUUGCCUGCACCCAACGCCCCUGUAGGACUCAUUGCGCAGCUCAGUCUGGCCAACAAGCGCAGGUCCAAGAACAAUCUACGCGGGGCGGAUGGGCAGACCGGGGACGCCGGUACCAGUGAUAUCGUACAGGGUGUAGCUAGCGCGUCAUACUUCACACCUGGGCCAACGACAGACCUCAAGAAGCGUGCACAGCUCAUCCAUCAACACAGUCCCCCGCAGAUAUUGAUGCAUGGACUGGUCACGUCUGAGGAUGUCGAGAAGCUCUUCGAAAUAUUUUACACCCAUAUUAAUCCCUUUAUCAACUUACUAGAUCCCGUUCUCCACACGCCGCAGAAUACAUUCGGGCGAUGCCCCUUCUUGUACACCGUUAUUUGUGCUGUCUCUUCGCGAUAUUCGACAGAAAAAGCCAAGAUCUACGCUGUCGCUAUGCAUUUCGCGAAACAAUCCGCUGCAACCGCCUUAAUUGAUGGCUGGAAGUCCGUGGAGCUCUGCCAGGCGUAUGUCCUUUUAAGCCUCUUCGCCGCCCCAACCGGGAAGUGGGAGGAAGACCGCUCUUGGAUGUACGCCGGGCUGGCUGUGCGUUUGGCGACGGACUUGAAUCUGGAUCAGGUCCCGAACAGCAAGCCCGCAGCCGACGAGACCGCGGAGCGAGAGCAGCUUAACAGGACAAGGGUUUGGCUGAUCUGUUUCAACCUCGAUCGGUCAUUGGCAACCCAGUUUGGCAAGUCGGCUACGAUUCGCGAUGAGGACAUUUCUCGUCACCAAACUGAUAAUUGGUACGCCAAAUCGAUCUAUAACAGCCCAUACGAUAUCCACCUGUGUUGCUUUACUGGUCUAAUGCAUCUCGUCACGCGAUUCUACGAGGCACUUAAUCAACGUGGUGACCUGUUGGCGGUGACCAUGAACCAUGAUGAUGAUCUUACACGGUUCGCUGAGGAGUGGGAUGAGCGGCUACAACAUGCUUCAGACAUGAGUGACCCGACAUGUGCUCUCCGCCGCAAGCUUCUGUCGUUCCGGGUUGCUUACUCGCGUCUUCUGAUGUAUUCCUUUGGCUUGCAACACACAUAUUCGGCCAAUCGCAUAUUUCUGUCCAAGUGUCUGGAAUCGGCAAAGGACGUAUUGCGUGUCAUGGUAGACGACUUGUCGCCCACAGGUUUCCUUCGUUAUGCUCCAGAUGAGCAUUUCACCAUUGCUGCCUUUGCGUGUGCUUGUAUUUUCAGGCUUUUCCGACCAGAACAUGCCCGCUGGCUCUCAGUUGACGAGGAGAACCGGGCCAUCGACCUUGUGACUGGGCUCAUUCAAACCCUGGGCUCGCCGGAAACGGCACUGGACGACAGACACGUGCCGAAGCAGUAUGCGCGGUUUCUCGCGAGUGUUUUGGCCAGACGGAGACGAGAUGGGCCUGCAAGCGGUCAUACGCCGGUCCAACCUCCCCCCACACAGCUGCAACAACAACAGACACCCACACCGCCGUCGUCAGCUACAUCGAGCGAAUACGGCACUUUGUCGAAUGCGUUUUCGAAUUUUUCGAGCGCAGCCCAGUCUUCGCAACAUGUCGGCGGCUAUACUGCUGGUGGCGGCCGCGUCUACAGUGAUGUGCCGUCGCAGUCGGCAUUAGAGGAAACGCUGCUGGACCUACAACAGCUACUUCCCGGCGAGGAGCAGCUGUUCGCGGCUGCCUUGCAGAAUACCAACUGGGGCUUGAUGGACCAGACUGCGUGGCUUGACUCGUCAUCGUAUUCGCCAUCGUCUGACGGCUCGAGCGGGCUGCAGUCGCCGUACCAUGCCCCACUGGCAGGGCUACAGCCACUUGCCCAGUUUGCGCGAUAG